CUGGUAAUAUCCCAAAGCCCAUUUUUCUUUCGGCAAGUCCAAGGAUGGGAAAAGAAAACGGAAGGAAACUAGGAAAGAAUCAGAGGCAAAGGCAAAAAUUAGAAAAAAAAUGGCAGAUUUAUUGCUAAGUGUUUCACAGACGUCUCUUCUUCGGCUUCAGCCAAAACCUGGAUUAUUUCAAAGGCUAAGGUUCUUUCACAAUAACUGUUACUCCAGAUUUGCAGUUGUUGGCAACCGUCGGCUUCAUUUGAAAGGGGUGACUGUAGCUGGUGUAGUAUCUUCUGAUUCGAAAGCACCCACUAUUGUUACUGGCACUGUUGAUUCUGCCAAGCGAGAAAUCGACAUCGAAAUAGACACGGGAAACGGCGGAGGAGACAAGUUUGACGACAGAAGCGGAGGAGGCGGUGGCGGUGGGGAUAAUAGCGGCGGAGGUGAUAGUGGGAAUAAAGGAGAAAAGGAGUUUCCGGACGGCGGGAGUAAGAAAAAGAUGUCUUUGUCUAUGUCCCAGAAGUUGACUCUUGGUUAUGCUGCUCUUGUCGGAGUGGGUGGUGCUAUGGGCUACAUGAAGAGUGGCAGCCAGAAGUCGCUUCUGUCAGGAGGAUUGUCAGCCGCAUUGCUCUAUUAUGUUUAUACUGUGCUUCCCACGAAACCAGUUUUUGCCUCAUCCCUUGGGCUUGGUAUAUCUGCUGCACUUUUGGGAGUGAUGGUUUCUCGUUUCAAGAGGUCAGGGAAAAUCUUCCCAGCAGGUGUUGUAUCACUUGUGUCACUUGUGAUGACAGGGGGCUACCUACAUGGCAUCAUGCGGAGUCUGCACUAGCGUGAGAUAGUAGCAAUAGCAACAAAGUUGAAUUACGAGCCUGCAUCUUUACUCAACAUGGUGUUUUGGUAUAUAUAGUGCUUUGCUAUGUCUAUCUUUCAAGUUAUGUACUUUGUUAGACCAUCGUGCAGUGUGUUUCAGCACCAGUUUGCUUUCAUAUUUGAAUGCGUUUUCCUCUGAACUAUCCCUGUUUUAACUUGAUAUGUCUUGCCUCUCCCCAAUUAUGUUUUCAAACAGCUUUGACAGUUUUAUUGUUUAUGUGAUGCACAUUACGAGGGGAGGCAAUUGCCAAGAAGUGCUUUUUCAGUUCUGAAAUUUUGAGUCUUUGAAAACUUAUGCAUAAUAAUAUUGGGUAGGUAUUCCUGAUCGUGUCAAGAAUU